CAGCAGAUGACUGGCAUCCUGUGUGGGUUUUCGGUUGUUCUAGGCAAAGAGGAUCUGAUUAUCAUUCAAACCUGACACCAUCUCCCUAAGGGUGCCCAGGAAGGGUGCAGAACCCUGAGUAAAGGAGGCUUCAGUCCAGGAGCGGAAGACACCCAGAGUCCUUUACUUUAAGAGAAAAGAAACUUCUGGCCAAGAUAAGCUGUGUCCUCAUUGUGUGGUGGUCUCUUGGAUAUGACUAAAGAUUCCUCGGGCUGAGCUGUAUACAGCUAGUUCAGAACUGCUGUAGAGUACCUGAGGCUAUACAGUGACUACGCAGGUCCUUUGGAUGGGCCCACAGGCUGAAGGUAAAACCAGAGGCGGCUAGAAAGUGGCAGGUCUACAGUUUGCAAAAGAGAGGGGCCUUCAGGAAAUGCUGAUUAUGUUGGAGUUCUUGACUUAAAGCUGCGGUCACAUGUCCUGUUGCCAUCCUGCUCUGAGUUUUCAUCAGCCCUGCCACUGCAGCUUACCUCUUGUUUCCCUGUACCUUCUCUAGCUCAUCUCAUGGGUAAGACAUGGCGGGAUAGAUGGCUCAUCAGUUAAGAGCACUAACUGCUCCUACAGAAGACCUGGGUGGAAUCCUGGCACCCACAUCAGACAGCUCACCUGUAACCCAAGAUCUAGAAAUUUGACACUACUAGCCUCUGGGCACCUGCAACUCAUGUGUACAUACCCCCCCAUAUAUAUAAUAUUAAAAUAAUAAAAAUAAAUAUUUUUAAAAGAGAUCUCUGAUGGGGCUGGAGAGAUGGCUCAGAGGUUAAGAGCACUGGCUGUUCUUCCAGAGGUCCUAAGUUCAAUCCCCAGCAAUCACACUCACAACCAUUUAUAAUGAGAUCUGGUGCCUUCUUCUGGCCUGCAAACAUACAUAUAGGCAGAACACUAUACAGAAUAAAUCCUCAAAAAAAAAUUUUUUUUAAAGAGGUCUCUGAGAUUAACAGAACUGGCAGAAACAAUGGUGGAAAUAAUACUGAUAAGGACAGCGACUACAAGGAUGUCGAAGACCAGGGCACUGAUGUACAGGCACUUGGCAAGGGCAGGGGGUCAUAGGCCUGGGCACCAAUAAUAUUACCUACCCUUUUCCUGUCUUUAGACUGGAGAUCAAAUGACAAGAAACCUUGGAGAAAGUCACUUGCGAUCCAGAUGCUCUGACUAGGUCUCUGUCGACCUCCUUGUCCAUUGCAGCCUCUCUACUUCACGUCUGGGACCCUCUCUCCACUUUCACAUACAUCUCCAGGAGGGCUCACCACUGCUUGAGUGCUGUCUAGUGAGCCUAACGGGCACAAGCAGGCGCAACCAAGGCUUUUGGCCCAAGCAACUGAGGGAGGCUGAGCAGUGGUGGUGUAAAGGAUAUAGCUCUUGCAAAGGAUUUGAGCUGGGAUGACCCCCAAGGUUCCUCUUUACCAAGGAGGCUCUUGGCACGUGAGCCUGGACUUAAGACUUCCUGUGGACAUGCACUGAGUCCUCGGCACUCACAGCCAUCUGAGACUUCAAAGAAAUGACCCCCACUCACAUUUUUAGGAUGGGGAAGGGCAGGACUAACAGGCCAAGGAGACUGAGGAGCAUCUAUCUGCCCAGGAUCUGAAGGGAAUGCCCGUCCCGGGGACUGGGGAGGAGCUUCCUACAGUUUGUGGUGGAAAGGGGGCAGUCUCCUUCAUUAUUCCUUUCCCCCUGCCAUUCCCUUCUUAAUGGUCAUCUCUGGCAGGUAUGUGUUGGCUGUCCCAUUUGUGCAUGUCAGCAGGUGAAUGAUCAAAUCUUGGAUUCUGAGUUUCGGAGAUGGAGGGCUGUGGCAUAGGCAGCUCUGGUCCUAAGGAGGGAGCUCUGGCCUCACAUCCACUUAGUGCCAGGGUCCGCCAUGGAACUGUUUGCAGCCAGUGUCCUAGAGCAGCCUUCUGUGCAUAGUCAAGACAGCAGGGGGGCUCUGGUGGGUGGUCUACAGCUACUGCCAUGUGGCACAGUGGCCUUUGAUGGGGUCUUUUGAGAGGGGUGGGGGAUGCUGGUUUGCAAGGGCGGGCCACCCUACUUGGCAGGCUGAGCCUGUAAUUUGUGUUAUAUAUAGCGGGUGGAGCUGGCCAGCCAGGGAGGGUAGUGUGGGGCUGUCAGCAGGCCUGGUGCUCAGAAAGCACGAGUCUCAGCGAGGAAGACACGGCGCUGGAACCCAUGGACACUUCCUAUCCCCGUGAGGCCCCCCGGGCCCCAUCGUCCCGCAAGGCCGAUGCCACUGGCCACACAGCCCUCUCCGUGGGAACACCGGGCCCUACGCCACGAGACCACAUGCUUUGGUCUGUCUUCAGCACGAUGUACCUGAAUCUGUGCUGCCUUGGUUUCCUGGCACUGGUCCACUCUGUCAAGGCCCGGGACCAGAAGAUAGCUGGGGACCUGGAGGCCGCAAGGCAGUAUGGCUCCAAAGCCAAGUGCUACAACAUCCUGGCUGCAAUGUGGACCUUGGUGCCCCCAUUGCUGCUCCUGGGGCUGGUGGUGACUGGCGCCUUGCACCUGUCCAGGCUAGCCAAAGACUCUGCAGCUUUCUUCAGCACCAAGUUUGACGAUGAGGACUAUAACUGAGAGUUCUGAGCCUGUCCUGAGCCAAGGACAACCGUGCCAGGUCACUGACCCCAGGCGCCCAACACCAGCUUCUGGGAGUUAUAGUCUCCCAUAGCACCUUGAUCCCUGCCCAACCAUGACCUCAGGGGCCACCCUCUUGUCCACGAUGUGUAUUCGACGCUGACCUACUCAGACCCAUUAGACUUUAUCUCUAACUUUCAGGGUCCUCAGGACCUGGCUUUCCCCACAUGUCCCCCACUUACCAGGCUGAGCCUUCACUCACGAUUAAAGGUGGCAGAUUCCAGAAA